AUUCCCAUGAAAACAUCUGCAGUUACAUCGCCAGAGAAAGCGAGUCGGUGGUUGUGUCCGUCGGGUACCGUUUAGCCCCUGAACACAAAUACCCUGCUGCGCACGAAGACUGUCUUAAUGCCACCAUACACUUCUUGAAGAAUACAGAGCGCUAUGGGGUGGAUCCUGCCCGUAUCAUUGUCUGUGGGGACAGUGCUGGGGGCAAUCUAGCAGCUGCUGUUAGCCAGACACUCGCAGAAAGAUCAGACCUCCCCAAACUACGUGCUCAAAUCUUGAUCUACCCAGGCCUUCAGGCACUGGACUUCAAUCUACCAUCCUAUCAGCAGAAUCGGGCAGUCCCUCCCUUAUUUCGAGAACGUGCCGCUUUCUUUGCUUUGCAGUACCUAAACGGGGAUGCACUGCAUAUGCAAGAGGUUUUGGAGGGCUCUCAUAUCCCUCCAGAUAUGAAGCUGAAGUACAGCAAGUGGGUGAGCCCAGAUCACAUCCCGGAAAAAUUUAAGGUCAGAGGCUACAAACCACACAACUCUCAUGAAUUCAAGGCUGAAGUUUUUGAGAAAGUUAAAAGGUUCUGUGAGCCCAACCUGUGCCCGCUGUUGGCCGAAGAUGCCAUUGUUCACCAGCUGCCCGAGUCUUUCAUCCUGACCUGUGAGUACGAUGUGCUGAGGGAUGAUGGUUUGCUUUACAAGAAGAGACUGGAGGACAACGGUGUUCGAGUGACCUGGUGCCACCUCGAAGAUGGAUUCCAUGGAAUCGUAGGUUUAUUUGAUUAUUGUGGUUUAUCAUUUCCAGCUGGGAAAAGAGGAUUGGACAGAAUUGUUAAAUUCAUAAAAGGCCUGUAG